GGCUGACUAGUCUCGUUGUUAGAAAUUGGACACCUUUAGGAAGCCCGCAUAAACCCUCGCCGUCGGCCCCGAUCCCUUCCACAGGGCCGGCGGCGGCGCGCUCGCCGAAGCUGGUAGGCUGCUUCUUCGCAGGGGAGUGCGAGCUUAAUCGGCCACCAUGGAUGUCGAUAAGCAAGAAACAAUGGAGGAGACCAUCCUUGUUGGUGAUGAUCUCAUGCGAGGGCCACCAUCACCUGUCAUACCGAAAGAGAUUGCAUCACAUGUCCUUGAAGGUGUUGAGCUUUGUGAUGGUAUACUAAGGAAUCUUUUCUUAUGCCUACAAAUAAAUGAUAUUGAGCCAUUCUGCCAAGAUGAAAUUGUGCUAUACCAACAAUGUGCUGAGAAAAGGGACAAGGAAAUAAGAGAACAGAUGCAAGAUAGUGAAUAUAAACUGGGUUUUUCAAUGCCUCUGGAACAAGCAAUGGUGAGAGCUACCCAACUCCAAUCAGAAGUCACACUGCUAGAAAGGCGCAUGAUUCUUGCAAGUGGACUUGAGGGUAUGGAAGGAUUUCGGCAGAGAUGGAGCUUGCACGGACAGCUUGAAGAUACAAGAAAAAGACUUGAGGCACUGAACCAUGGCAUUGGGAAAAGAGAGAACCAAAGUUCUAUGCGGGAAGCGACAAAAUCAGCUCCAGCUGGGAGGAGGUGGUUCUUUUGGUAGCCAUUUUAUUCGCUAGAGGCUCUACCUCAACUUCGAUGCUGCUGUCUCUUGUGGAAACGAGGGAACGAGAGCUUAUCGAGGACUUCAAUUUCAACUACCUGCUGCAUCAAGGAAGUGGAUUCAUAUUGUCUUGAGCUUGCUAAUAAAUGGAGCAUGCACGGAAAUGACCAACUGCAAAUGAAAUAUUAUAGAUAUAACACAUCUUAUUUCAGCACUAACUACAAAGAUAUAAACAUAAGAUAUAGGAAAUUAUGUACAGACACCGUGGCUAACAAACUGGGAAAAUACCUGAAAUUCAUCAUGAAUUCAUGUGCCAUACAAAUAUUUUGGAAAAA